AAGCCCAGAGCAUCCCAGCCCUGGCUCCAGACUACAGCUCCCGGCAUGCCCCGCACCUGGUACUCGCCCCGCGGCGUGCGGAGGGAAGGAUGCAGACAACGCGGCCGGCGAUGAGGAUGGAGGCCGGGGAGCCAGCGCCACCGGUGGGGGCGGGCGGCCGCCCCGGGGGCGGCUGGGGCAAGUGGGUGCGGCUGAACGUGGGGGGCACGGUGUUCCUGACCACCCGCCAGACGCUGUGCCGGGAGCAGAAGUCCUUCCUCAGCCGCCUGUGUCAGGGCGAAGAGCUUCAAUCGGACAGGGAUGAGACCGGGGCCUACCUCAUUGACCGUGACCCCACCUACUUCGGGCCCAUCCUGAAUUUCCUCAGGCAUGGCAAAUUGGUGCUGGACAAGGACAUGGCCGAGGAGGGGGUCCUGGAGGAAGCUGAGUUCUACAACAUCGGUCCUCUGAUUCGAAUCAUUAAAGACAGGAUGGAAGAGAAAGACUACACAGUGGCCCAGGUGCCACCCAAGCAUGUGUACCGAGUGCUGCAGUGCCAGGAGGAGGAACUCACACAGAUGGUCUCCACUAUGUCCGAUGGCUGGCGCUUCGAGCAGCUGGUGAACAUCGGCUCCUCCUACAAUUAUGGGAGUGAAGACCAGGCUGAGUUCCUGUGUGUGGUGUCUAAGGAGCUCCACAGCUCCCCACACGGCCUGAGCUCAGAGUCCACUCGCAAGGCCAAGGUCCCUGUCCGCACCCUCCCAGACCCAAGCCUGAGCUUGCAGUGAGAGCUCCUCGGCCCCGCGCCCGCCCCCAGAGCUGCCGCCCCUGCUAUUACAAGCCAGAGGCACCCGGAUGUGAGCCCCCAGAUCACCUCCAGGGACUUGGGGUUCCGAUCUGAAAUCCUUUAUUUUUGUACCACGGGGUGGGCCCCUGGCCCGAGGAGGAAGACAAGCCCUCUACCUUGUCAGUGCUGCCUGCAUCUGCUGGGCUGAGACUCACUCCUGCCUCGGGGCCCAGGCCUGGGGCCCUCUGGGACCUUGGAAGGCCUGACAUGGGUCCUGGGGUCUCCAGGCAGACGCCAAGGCCAAACUGUGGCACUGCCUACCCAUAUCUCCCAGGUCCCUUUGUCCCCUCACCUGGGCGCCCUUGCUGCAUGGCGGAUACACUCCCUCCCAGUUCAAUCAUAGCACCUCUUAGAGCCUCAGUCUCCAUGGCACCAUAGGGUCACCCCCUCCUCCCACCUACCUCACAGGGUUGUUGUGAGAAUCAGGGAGGAUCAUGGGGAGCCCUGAGUGUAUUGGGGCUGCAAUCAUUACCUUCUGAGGGGAAGGGCUCUAGCCCAGCCCCUGUAUGGGACACUAUGGCCUCAGAUACUGGUGGGGGAUAAUGCGAGGACUUAGCUAGGCAGGAAGGCUUCACAGCACCUUGGUCACCACUUCUCUGUGCCACCGUGUGUUUUGACAGCAGAGUAGAGUGUCCAGGAUGGGGAAGGGGCCAGGUGUAACGGGUUGAGCUGUCCCGCCAGUGUCUUGACCCCCACCCCCGGGAUGGGCACAUGUCUGUCAGUUGUGUCCCACCCACCAUGAAAUAAACCUGAACAAACA